UAAAUUACAUUUCAUUAGAAAGUUUCAUUUAGGUGAACUUCUUGAACACUGCCGGCAAUACGACCAUCCUUCAGCCAUUAUUGCUAAUGUCCUCAUCGUAUUGAUUCGAUUAAAUCAGAUCGAUGCUGCAAGAUCGAUAUUCACCAAGGUUUUAAUAUUUUAUUUUAAGGAUUCUUGUUCAUCGUUUCUGUCAACUGAGUUACUCUCAAAAUUGGACUCUUUCUAUGGCGUGGGACGUCAAAGGCAUCGGAGAAAGUUCAGUCAUAAGGAGGAAAAGCCCAAACUUCAUCGCAUUGAUGACGAACAGUUAUUCGAGCUUUGCGAAUUUUUUCUUUGUGACAAGCCGUGUUUCUUUUUUCUCGGACAGUUCUCUUUUUCAGAACUUAGUAGUGACUUUCAAUCUAUUGAUCGCCUUGUUUCGUGGAGUGUCAAAAAUAGAUUGGAGAUUUCGCCAGAAGUAAAUAAGCGUAUCGUGAGGAUGAAAUGCACUGCUCAGUCUGGAAACGCGGUCAUUGAUUGA